CAUGGUUCAUGAAGCUAAUGUACCCCAUGGGGCAGAUGGACGUUGGAAAGGCGUGUGUCCCAGGGACUCAGGGUAACAAUAGGGAUGAAUCGUGGCGUAACCUACUAUGGUGAUGAAACCCGUGAAUGCCCGUGUGUUGGCCCGAGAAAGGAAUGACAUCGCGAUGCAAAAAGCAGCAGGUUGAAAUUGUUGUGGAGCUCGAAAUUCGUAUGGAAUUGAUUGGAGUCACUUUUUUUCCCGUGAGCAGCUGUUGACUGUCGGCCUAUUUGCGAAAACAAUGCAAUCCUUGUUGACUGGAGGAUUGUAUGAAUGAUUUGUCCUUGAUCGUCGAGCACAGCAGUCGCCGUCAACGCGCCGAGCUGCUGCUCUAUCCUUCCAUUCCAUUUGGGGUCGCGCCUUCCAUCCCACACCCGACCACUCGAACUCAUCAUGUCUCUCACAUCCUACAUUGACCAAAAGGUCCUGGUCAUUACAGUCGAUGGUCGCACUCUGGUUGGAACCCUGCUAUCAUGCGACCAAGUCACCAACAUCGUCCUGAACGACACUGUCGAGCGCAUCAUACGCCCAGCAGAUGACCCCGAACCAAGCUCAGAAGUCAGCCAUGGCCUCUACCUGGUGCGAGGCGACAACAUUACCAUUGUUGGACUGGUAGACCAAGAGCUGGACAAUAGCAUUGACUGGGAAAAAGUGAGAGGAGAAGUCAUUGGGACAACGAAACACGUGUGAGACAGAUUAAGAACUGUCUUCGCAGGAAGACGAAUCGCGCAUCUCCAACAUA